CGCUGAGAAUUUUUGCCGUUCUGCAGAAAUGUGUGAUGUUUCUAACGAUUGCGAAAUUAUUUCGUAAUUAUUAAAUAAUGAGGUAUAAGUAGAUUAUUUCCUAGCAAGUUUGCAAUUUCGUUACGGAAUUAAAAGAGUACGGUAGUUAUAAAAUAGGAAGAUUUGAAGAGAUAUAUUUAGAAAUGGGCAACAUUCAUACUGUGGGACCAAACGAAGCUCUUAUAGUGUCGGGAGGAUGUUGUGGCUCUCAAAACAAAACCAUGAUUGUUGGUAGCUGGGCAUGGGCUUGGUGGCUAGUAACUGAUGUUCAAAGGCUCUCUUUGGAAGUAAUGACUUUAAAUCCAAGAUGUGAGCAUGUAGAAACUGCCCAAGGUGUUCCUCUUACUGUAACUGGAGUAGCACAAUGUAAAGUAAUGAGGGAAAAAGAAUUUCUUUCCACUGCAGCUGAACAGUUUUUAGGCAAAGAAGUUGAACAUAUUAAAAGUGUUAUACUACAAACUUUAGAAGGUCAUCUAAGAGCAAUUUUGGGUACCUUGUCUGUGGAAGAAGUAUACAGGGAUAGAGAUCAGUUUGCCUCACUGGUUCGAGAUGUGGCAGCACCAGAUGUUGGGAGAAUGGGAAUUGAAAUUUUGAGUUUCACAAUUAAAGAUGUUUUUGAUAAAGUUGAAUAUUUAGCAUCAUUAGGAAAAUCUAGAACUGCUGCUGUCAAACGAGAUGCAGACAUUGGGGUUGCUCAAGCAGAAAGAGAUGCUGGAAUAAGAGAAGCUGAAUGUGAAAAAUCAUCUAUGGAUGUGAAAUAUGGAGCAGAUACUAAAAUUGAAGAUUCUCAUCGUUUAUAUCAACUACAAAAGGCAAAUUUUGAUGGAGAAGUCAACUCAAGGAAAGCUGAAGCACAGUUAGCAUAUGAACUUCAAGCUGCAAAAAUGAAGCAGAAAAUAAGGAGUGAAGAAAUAGAAAUAGAUGUUGUUGAAAGAAGAAAGCAAAUUGAUGUAGAAGAAAAAGAGAUAGCUCGAAAGGAAAAAGAACUCACUGCUACAAUUCGUCUUCCAGCGGAGGCAGAAGCUUACAGAUUAGAAAUGAUUGCACAGGGGAAAAGAACACAGACAGUUGAGGUUGCAAGAGCUGAUGCAGAAAAAAUUAAAAUGAUUGGUGGAGCUGAAGCUUAUGCAAUUGAAGCAGUUGGUAAAGCAGAAGCUGAGCAAAUGAGAAUGAAAGCAGCUGCUUAUAAACAGUAUGGAGAUGCAGCUAUCACAAGUUUAAUAUUAGAUUCCUUACCUAAGGUAAAAAUAUGUAUCCUAUAUAUUUUGGAAACUAUUUAUAAUCUAUAAAAAAUUUAGAAAUGU